GCUGCCGCCGCUGCUGCUGCUCAGCUUCUGUUCCCAGUGAAGCCUCUAACGGGGACUUUUGAAAAGAACUGGAGCAGCGAUCCUGUGCGUGCGCGAGGACAGGGCGAAGUGGCCAGGGCAAACAGAGGGUGCAGAGGUCCGGGUGCUAGUACCUCGCAGCAGGAAAGGAACCCCAGCUGCACCGCACGACUCGCUCCCUCUUCGGCCGUUGGGGCGCAGCAGCUGGUGGACACGCAGCAGCGGCAGGGCGCCGGGGACGUGGCCAAGCAGGUCAUUAUUCCACUUUAAGAGGUGAUGGAUCAUCUACAUAGAGGAGAAUUGGUUGCUGCAAUACUCCGUAACCGGAGACGGAGGCAAUUGUCUUUAAAACAAGCCGAUUUCAAGGAUAUAUUCAAAAAAUCAACUUCAGGAUCUCUUGUGGAAGAGGAAGACCAACACAUGAAACUGUCCCUUGGAAACAGCGAAAUGGGCCUAUCUUCCCAUUUGCAGUCUUCCAAGGCAGGAAGCACUCGCAUCUUUACCAGCAAUACUCACAGUUCUGUGGUGUUACAGGGCUUUGACCAGCUUCGGCUUGAAGGAUUGCUUUGUGAUGUCACUCUGCUGCCAGGUGAUACAGAUGAUGCCUUCCCUGUGCAUAGAGUUAUGAUGGCAUCUGCCAGUGAUUACUUCAAAGCUAUGUUCACAGGUGGAAUGAAAGAACAAGAUUUAAUGUGUAUUAAGCUUCAUGGAGUGAGCAAAGUUGGUUUAAGGAAAAUUAUUGAUUUUAUUUAUACUGCAAAGCUUUCUCUUAACAUGGAUAACCUUCAAGACACACUGGAAGCUGCCAGCUUUCUACAAAUUCUGCCGGUUCUUGACUUCUGUAAAGUAUUUCUCAUUUCUGGGGUCACUCUAGACAAUUGCGUUGAAGUUGGAAGGAUUGCCAACACCUACAAUCUGACAGAAGUGGAUAAAUACGUUAACAGUUUUGUCUUAAAGAAUUUUCCUGCAUUGCUGAGCACUGGGGAGUUCUUGAAACUCCCUUUUGAGCGUCUUGCCUUUGUGCUUUCCAGUAAUAGCCUUAAGCAUUGCACUGAACUCGAGCUCUUUAAAGCUACCUGCCGCUGGCUUCGCCUGGAAGAGCCCCGGAUGGACUUUGCUGCCAAAUUAAUGAAGAACAUACGAUUUCCACUGAUGACACCACAAGAGCUCAUUAAUUAUGUGCAAACAGUGGAUUUCAUGAGAACUGACAACACCUGCGUGAAUUUGCUUUUGGAAGCCAGCAAUUACCAAAUGAUGCCAUAUAUGCAGCCCGUGAUGCAGUCAGACAGGACUGCCAUUCGGUCUGACACCACUCAUUUGGUUACAUUAGGAGGAGUGCUGAGACAGCAGCUGGUUGUCAGUAAGGAAUUGCGCAUGUAUGAUGAAAAAGCCCAUGAGUGGAAAUCUCUAGCCCCCAUGGAUGCCCCAAGAUACCAGCAUGGCAUUGCUGUCAUUGGAAACUUCCUCUAUGUCGUUGGUGGACAGAGCAAUUAUGAUACAAAAGGAAAAACGGCAGUUGAUACCGUGUUCAGAUUUGAUCCUCGAUAUAACAGAUGGAUGCAAGUUGCAUCUCUAAAUGAAAAGCGCACCUUCUUCCACCUAAGUGCCCUCAAAGGAUAUCUGUAUGCAGUUGGUGGUCGAAAUGCAGCUGGUGAACUGCCUACAGUAGAAUGUUAUAAUCCAAGGACAAAUGAAUGGACCUAUGUUGCCAAAAUGAGUGAACCUCACUAUGGACAUGCUGGAACUGUAUAUGGAGGAGUGAUGUAUAUUUCAGGAGGAAUUACCCAUGACACCUUCCAAAAGGAACUAAUGUGCUUUGAUCCUGAUACUGACAAAUGGAUCCAAAAGGCACCAAUGACCACGGUUCGAGGCCUGCAUUGCAUGUGCACAGUGGGAGAAAGGCUCUACGUCAUUGGUGGCAAUCACUUCAGAGGAACCAGUGAUUAUGACGAUGUCCUAAGCUGUGAAUACUAUUCUCCUAUCCUUGACCAGUGGACCCCAAUUGCUGCCAUGCUAAGAGGGCAGAGUGAUGUUGGGGUUGCUGUGUUUGAAAAUAAGAUCUAUGUGGUUGGUGGAUAUUCUUGGAAUAACCGUUGUAUGGUCGAGAUAGUGCAGAAAUAUGAUCCAGAUAAAGAUGAAUGGCAUAAGGUUUUUGAUCUUCCUGAAUCCCUUGGUGGUAUUCGAGCUUGUACACUUACAGUUUUUCCACCUGAAGAAACCACACCAUCACCUUCUCGAGAGUCCCCUCUUUCUGCACCUUAAAAUCAUCCUUACAACUAAGAUGCUGUAGUCCUAUAUUUGCAAUGUGUCAUGAAUUAUCUUCUUUUCCCUCUUAAGUAGUAUAUAUGUUAGAAUUAGCCUCCAGUAAUUGAUGCAGAUAUUGGAAAAAAGACAACAUUGAUGUUAUUUGUGCUGUUAGUUUGGCCUAGAAUGUUUAUAAAGUGGUAACAAAACCAUCCUGGAAAUAUAUCCCAUAGAAGCUGAUGUUUAACAUAUGAAAAAAAGUAUUGUCUAUGAAAUGUUUCUUCAGUACUUUUUAACUGCUGUGUACUGGGUGUGAGGUAUUUGUCAUCUUACAUUAUAAGCCAAGUUGAAGGUGGAUUAUAGUACAUGUACAACUAUGUUCACUAGGCUUCAAAAUAAAAAGUUUUCCUUUCAUCUUUGACUAUAAGAUGUUGAAGGGAGGCAGCCUGCUCCAACAGGAAUCAAUGCACAAAAGGUUGCCAACUCGCAUGAGCUACCUCCCUCUUUUCAUAAAGUAUUUUUGACAUAUCUGUCAACCCACCUGACUGUGUGGGUGCAUUGAGAACAUACGAAGUUUCUUAGACACACAGGAGAAAUAACUGAAAUUCACCAAUAUUACUUUUAAAAAGCAUGCCCCCUUGACUUGUUAAAAAAAAGGUUUGGAUUUUUUAAUGUGUAUACCUACAUACUUUUAAAAGUGUGUAGGUACACACAUAAUUAUAUCAAAUAUGAAUUUUUAAAAACAAUGUCACAUUAAAUAAAUGUCAAAUCAAAAAAUCUAGAAAGCAGCUUCGAUUAAAAUGGGAAUUCAGUAUGCACAAUACUGAAUGCAUAUUUGAGAACUAUACUCAAUUUAGGUGGAUAAGGGCUAGAAAUUUUGAGCAACUAAAUUUGUCACUUGACCAAAUUUUAUCUUCAAGAAUUGUAUUCUAUUUCUUCUCCUUUGCUGUUGAGGUAACUUACAUAUUAUAUGUAUUCUGUAUACUCUGUUCAUGAGGUUAUUUAGCACAAUGUACAACAGCUUCACCUGGGGAGCUGCUUUUGCUCAGUGAAUUCAACUUCCAUGUUUUAUUUUCUUUUGUUCAAUAAAAACAUUUAAUGUCA